AUGCCCAUACCCACGUCCACCAUGUCUUCGUCCCUCCCCAUCGCCUCCCUACCUUGCCAAAGACAGCCCCUCGGCGAACUGCCCCUCCACGUCUUCGUCGCCCAAUCCCUUCAGCCUCCUUCUGCUCCCUCGUCCACGUCGUCGCUCGACGACAAGACCCCUUCGCCCAACACCCGAGGCACAAGCCACACAACGUCGCGAUCGGUUUCGCCCCACAAGCAGGUCCUCCUUCAGCGCCAUCACCAACAUCGAGCGGCGGCCACUCUCAACCCUCGCUCCCCUCAGUCGGACCAUCAGGCGCCCCUGGCUUCAUCAUCCUCAUCCUCAUCCUCGCCCUCGAAUUCCCCCCGACCUUCGCCGACAGCCUCCACCGUCGUCGCGUCCCCUUCGGUCAAAGGCCAGUCGCUCCCAGACAAGAUGAUGUCCGUCGAAGCGACGCCGGUUCGCCGCAAGCUCUUCGCCGCGCCGGCCCACAGCCCUUCCUCUUCGGUGCCUUUGGAGCACAGCCCGAUCCUCUCCUCUACGACGCGGUACGUCAAGGUGCCCGCAAGCGUGCCACGCUCCUUAGCGACAAUGGCGGGCGGCUCAACGACUCCGGUCAAGGCGCGGGCCGGAUCGUCGUCGUCGACAUCGUCCCGAAACCGCGUACCCCCGACCGUGCCGGCCACGCCUACAGACGCCCCGACCACACCGCGGAACGCUCGCCUGCACCGCCCCAGCCCCGUCAGCGGGCCCAAGCCCAAGAGCAUGGUCGAGCCCAGCCCGUCGACCGAGAGACAUGCAGACAGCCUCGCUCUCCAGGCGCGCUGGGCGAGCAUCCAGGCCGGCUCCACCUCUCGUCCGAGGACGCCUGUCCCCUCUGACGGCGAAGAUGGCGACUCGCAAGGCAUGGUGGAUGGACAUCAUCAGCAGCAAGGCCAGCAGCGCCUCAUCGAUGCCGCCGACGCCGGCGUCGCGUCCCCUCGCAAGAGCAGCGCGCUCAAGAGCCUGCCCAAGAAAAAGUACCGCGUCAGCAAGGAAGAGAUCGCCAUCGCCCACGAAAUCGCCGGAUCUGGGCCGAUGGGCAGUCCGAGCCCGUGCAAGGUGGCGUCCUUCUCCGACGGCUACUUUGCCGCACGAAACGACGACGACAACGACAUCCACGCAGCCCGAGCCGGAGGCUCGCCGAUCAGGGGCUCGCCACGGCGCCGAUCGCAGUCGCUGAAGGCCGAGGAAGUGGACAUCUAUGCUUUGCCCGAGGCGAUUGGCGACGACGUCUUCUCCAAUGCGCACCUGCGCCAGCUGUCGGCCAGCAAGCUCUUCGGCGAUAUCAAGCGCCGCGCCCCGCUGGGCUGGACCGUCUACGAGGACCCCGUGGUGGACAAGCAGAUCGACGCCGCCGAGACGAAGCCGAUGCAGGAUCUCCACGUCCUUGCCUCGCCGCUGGCCAUGUCUGUCCCGUCGACCCCAAACAAGGAAAACAAACGGCCGCUCGCCGAGGCUGAGGGCGACGUCAAGGUCGAGCAUGGCGCCGAAGCUUCUCCUGUGGGCCACAACAGCGCGCGCAAGCGCGGCACAGGUGGGCGCCUGAGCCUGUUGGCUAAAGCCGAAGACGAAGUCGUCGAUUCGGCUGAUCAGGCGACCGAAUCGCGGCUCGCUCCGGAGGCUGCGGCGGUCGAGACGACCACGGUCACGAGUCCUCCCAAGAAGAGCCGGUUGAGCGGCAACCCGAAGCCUGAAUCAGACACCGCGCCCGUUCACGCCGCCGUUCACCGCAGUCCAGACGCUGUUCGGGGCAGGAGCACUCGCAAGGCUUCGGCCACAGGCUCAGCCACGGCACGGAAGCCUGCCGCGGCCGCCGCUCCUGCUGUUGCCAGCGGCGGCGUUGCUUCGCGAACUCGGUCCAAGGUUCGCACCGCCCUGUGA